AUAUUGGUCUUCCAAGUAGCAUACAUACAUACAUACAUACAUAAAAUCACGCCUCUUUCCCGGAGGGGUAGGCAGAGACUACCUCUUUCCACUUGCCACGAUCUCUGCAUACUUCUUUCGCUUCGUCCACAUUCAUAACUCUCUUCAUACAAGCUCGGCGGUUUCGGGUACUUUUGACCUGACCCUUUACCAGGACGUCCUUAAUUUGAUCAAGAUACGUUCGUCUAGGUCUUCCCACUCCGACCUUUCCCUCCACACUCUCCUUGUAUAUCUGCUUAGUCAACCUGCUUUCAUUCAUCCUCUCCACAUGACCGAGCAAGUUCCAAGUAGCAAUGUUAUUUAUUAAGUAUAAGUUGUUCGUCGUAAAAAUAAUAACCCUAUAAUUUUUUCCAAAUCUAUUGAGAUAUCGUUUAUACUUUUUAAGUUUCAUCAAAAUCAGACCAAUGGCUAGACUUAUAAAUUCUGUUGAGUUUUUAUAAAGCUGCGCUUUUUCGCUAGUAUUAUGAGCAAGCAGGAGGGGAGACUUUUUGAAUAAAGCAUGGCAACAUCGGCAAAUUUGAAAUCGUUUGAAAAUAAAUGGCGAAAAGAUUGUUACUAGCCCGGAAGGACAAAUUGUUACAAGAGCUUCAGUAUUAUGAGAAAAGGAUAGCCGAUUUUCACAUCGAAAGGCGAACUAACACUACGAUAGAAGAUGAUAGUUCCGACUCAGACACAGACCUUCACAUCACGAAUAAUGGCCCGUCUACAACCCAGCUGAAGAUACAGCAGUCCCAUCUCAAGACAUCGCUCCAAGCCACUCAGGAACUCACCAGCCUGCAAAUACUCCAGUCGGAAGUCACCGUUUUGGUCACGGAUCCAGUCAUUGUUGACGAACCCCAAGUUAGUGAACCGGGUGUGUGGAGGGAGGUUAUAGCAGACUGCCGCAUAGACCUGGUGCCAUUUGUGAUAAAUUUUCACAUACAUAACCCUAAUGCCAAAUUCGGCGCUCCAUCCUUCAGGAAUGUCAAGGUUUCUCUCGUGAAGAAACCCCACGAAGUUGAGCUGGUGAAGUCUGCUCUUGCUCAUGUCACCACACCGAGCGACGCUGUGGAGGUUUUAAGGAGCUAUUCAGUGGCCCAUCGUUCCAGACGCACCACAUUAGUCCGUCUCGCUGAGAAAUACAAUAACUUAUUGUUUAUGGAGCCGCUGUCCGAAGGCGGGUACGUGUUGAAAUGCGCCGGACUUCUAGAAGUGCGCUGGACGUUGCAGAAUAAAUGGUCGCCAUUAACGCAGUUCCAACACCGUAUGAGAUUCGAUCUUGAGUAUAUGGACGAAUCCUACAUAAAAAUUAUAACGCAAUACCACCGCCAACUGUCCGACCCGUCGAUAGUAACGGACGAGCGUACGGCGCUCCUCUCGAAAAUAAUAAACACGUGUCUCGAAGCGAAGGGUCCCACGCAGGAACUAUACGAGAGCAUGGAAUCUGAUCCGGAUACAGCUCAAAGUCUUAGAAAGAGACGCACGACACUCGAUCAGGAAGCGGCUGAGGGUAAGAAGAGAGACGACGAUAUCAUGGCGCCCCCUAAAUCUCUGCCAAAGAAGAUGAGGGUGAGGGCCGAUAAUGGUAGGCAUAGGGGUAAUGACAGCGCUGAUAGGCAGAGUAAUGUUGGUGACAGUGUAAACACUGAGGUUUUGGGUGAUAAUGCGUUUGGUAAAAUCAUUGGUAAUGCAAAGAAUAAAAAUAGAAAGGAUAAUGUUUCUGAAUUGCAUAAAGAUAAUGAAGCAUCUGAUGGUAGAAAAGAUAGUGUUGCCAAAUCUACUAAAGAUACGAAAGUUGAUAAAACUACUAAAGAUACCGCUUCAAUGAAAGAUAUUAUGCCUAAUUCGAGUAAAGUCAGUGUUGCUAGUGUGAAAAAUAAAGUUUCAACUAAGGCAAGUGAUAAAGGUGUUGCCAAAUCUACUAAAGAUAAUAAUAAAGUUGAUGAAGCUACUAAAAACAUUGUUUCGACGAAAGAGUAUAGUACUUAUUUAAGCAGCAAAGUCAGUGUUGGCAAUGUAAAGAGUACAGUUGCAAUUAAUCCAAGCGGUAAAGACAGUGUUGCAAGUGUGAAAAAUAAAGAUGCUGUUAUCAAAACUAAAGGGACGGGUUCAAAAACUGAAAUAAACGGCGAAGGAAAUAAAUUGAAGGAGAAUGAUGCUAGAAAAGCCAAUAAAGCUGAUAAUGGUGUCAUUUCUAAAACCAAUGUUGAUAAAGAAACAAAAGACGCAAAAAAUCCUGUGAAAGGAACUCAUAAGAUAGUUUCUAAUGAGAAAAAUAAUGAAAAUGAAAAAAAUUCAGCUAAAGAUGAAAAAAAGAAAAAUUCUAUAAAAAAUACCGAUAAACCUAUUGUUGAUAAUGGAGUUGGAGAUAAAACGAAAGUUGACACGAAUUCUCGUAAAAAUACAGACAUUAAUAACAAAAAUGGCAACUUGCAAACGAGGGUUGCUAAAAAAAAUAAAAACACGGAAGACAUAGCUAAUAUACCAGUUAAGAAACCCAAAACUGAUAAUGGUACAACGAAUUCUUACAACGCUAAAGUUAAAGAAGUUGAAAAAUCAAAAAAUAUCAAUAACAUUGAUAAAACGCAUAAACAUACGACAAAAUCUAAUAAUUUGAAGGCAAAAUCCGGUGAUGUUUCAAACAAAAAUUCAACUUUCACUAAAGACAAUGAUACAAUAACGAAAGCUGUUGAAAAGAAUGAAAUCGCACCAACAAAACCUCAUUUGCCUGAUCGCAAUAAAUUUAAUACCAAAUCUAAAAUAAUUAAUGGGAAAAUCUCAAAAAAUUCCACAAAUAAUGCCCAAUAUCAAGCGAAAAAUAAUAUAAAUAUGAAAAAGGGUAUAGAUAAUAAACCCAAAAUUGGUACUGGCAAUACCAAAUUGAUUAAAACGCUGAGUGCUGGCAACACAGCGAAGGAGCCUAUUACGAAAAUACCGCAGAAAUUGACGAAACCUAUAAAUAAUUUGAAGAAAAACCCGCUAAGAAUUAGUCCAAGAAAGUUAUCAACGAAUCUGAAGAACUCUAUAGGUAUCUCUAAAACAAUUCAGAAACCAAUCACCAGUAUACCGAGAUUGUUAAAGAAACCAGUGGUAAAAACAUAGUGUCAUUUUAAUGUAAUUUUUGUUUUAUUAAAUCAGUG